CGGCGGCCCCGGGAGCGGCGGCGGUGGCGGCCAUGGCCGGGCCCCGGUCCGGUCGGGCGGAGGCGGUGGCGGUGGCGGCGCGGUUGCUCCGCCUGGAAGCCCGCCUGGCGCGGGCGGAGCGGCAGCUGCGGGCCGCGCUGGCUCUGCGCGGCCGCCUCCAGGCGUUGGAGCGGCGGCUGGAGAGCGGCGGGGCGGCCCGGCGGGCGGCGGCCGGGCGAGGGGCGGCCGGCGGCGGCCGGGAAGCGGCGCGGCCCCGGGCACGGCGGGUGCCGGUGGGGCUGGAGGACGUGUGGGUGCAGUUCAGCGAGCGGGAGUGGCGGGCGCUGCGCGGGUGGCAGCGGGCCCUGCACCGCGCCGUGCUGAGGAGCAACUGCCCCACGCUGCUGUCCGGCGGGAAGGGCCCCGGCGAGCGGCCGCAGCGGGAGGGGGCGGGCGGGCAGCGGGCCCCCGCCGCCCCUCGCCCCCCGGCCCCCGCCGAACCGGAGGCGCCGCGGCGGGACGCGCAGGCCCCGGCGGAAGGUGGGAACGGGCCGUGCGGCGGUGGGAGCUGCGAGGACGGGAGCGGUGACCCGGCGGAGACCGGCACCGAAGACAGCAUAAUCCAUAUUAAGCAAGAGGAAGAGUUGUACGCUGCAGAUCAGCAGGAGGAGGAGGCUGGAGAAGCUCCCGAAGAGCCCUGCCCAGCAGAGCAAGCGUUUUGUGAGCCCGAGGCUUCAAGUGAGGCCAAGCCAGGCAGAGAAGCGUGUGCCGGGGGGCUGCCAGGCGCAGAGGGCGAGGACCUCCCGAGAGACCCUGCUGCAGGGUUUCAGACUUACGCCACUGACGUUGUGUCGUGGAUUAAACAAGAGGAGGAGCCGCGAUGCCCUGAACGACAAGACUUAGAGAAAGAAGAAAUCUCUACAGGUCCGAGUACAGUGCACAAUGAAAACACAAAGAGGGACCCUCCCGCAGAUUGCUUUGAAAACACGGUGUGUGACUCGGAGGUACCAGGAAGAUGUGGAGAGAAGUUUUCCAAGCAUCCUAGCCCUGGAGUGACGUGGGACAGUCAGUGGAAUUCAGAAAUGAUGGAAACAAACACCCCUGGGAUUGGCCUUGGGAGCGACGCUCAGUACGACCGAGGGUUUGGUGAGCACUUAGAUUUCUUCAGUAGUCAGGAAAACAGUGUCGGAAAGAGACCGUGCACGUACAGCAAAUGUGAGAGAAACUCCAGCCAGCAGGAACAUCCUCCGACUCCCCAGGGGGCCCGGGAAGGGGAGGUGUUUCCAGGCCCCACGUGUGAGAAGAACCUCAACGAAAGGGUGUUCCACCUGCUGCACUCGCAGCCGUGCGCCCCGGCUGAGAAAGACCCCGGGCAGGGGGCUGCUCCUGCCUCCUGCGAGGCGCCGGAGCGCGGGCAGAACCCUGAGGGUGGGACCAGGCUUCGUGACCACGGCGGCCUCGACGGAGAGGAGCAGCCGACUGCGGAAAGCGAGGAGAGCUUCCUCGCAGAACACCCGUUAGCCAGCCCCUGCUGGGACCACCCGCAGGACAGGUCGGAGGGCUGCGGCAAGUGCAGGCAGCACUUGGUGCCCAGGGGCAGCCCGGCAAGCCAGCAGCCGAGCCACGUCAGGGGCAAGUCCUACAUUUGCAGCGACUGUGGGAAAAGCUUCGUUUGCCAUUCGUGGCUCGUUAGACACCAGAUGACUCACACGGGAGAGAGGCCGUACAAGUGCUCCGAGUGUGACAAAAGCUACAGGAGAAAGGAUUAUCUCCUAAACCACCAGCGCCGGCACUCGGGAGAGGGGCUCUUCCAGUGCCCCCUCUGCAGGAAGAGAUUUGUGCUCAGGAGGAGUUUCAUGAAGCAUCAGGAAAGUCACAUGCAAGAAACACACAUGACGUUGGCCGGUUGGCCCUGCACAGAGAUCAGGGGGUCUGUAAUGCACUCCAUAUAGAAAAUCCCGUCCUGCCGGGGGCUUCGCAGCCCCCUGGGCUGUCACCCUGGCUGAGCAGGGGGCAGGGCCGUGGCAGGAUCCCCCAGCUCUGUGCGGGACCGUGGUGGGAGGAGGCGGCUGUCAAAGGGCCGUCCUGAGCCCCCUCCCAGGCAAAAGGGAGAAGGUUGGGGGGUUAUUUUCCACAGACCGUGUUGAAAUGGUCUGUGGAGCUGUUUCACAGCUUUCGCCGGUGCCUGUAGCUGUUGGGGACGUGUGGGAGCUGUGUAGUCUGCGCUGCUCAGAGGUACAGGUGGCCACGAAUCCACAUGGGAGAGAAAUCGCAUCGAUGCGGAACAAUUCGUGAUGCUUCAGGUUGGAGAAUAUCUGAAAUGUUAUCCCUGGGCUGCUGAGGGUCCGGAGUCCAGGGACCGGCCUGAAAACGAGUGAGUUAAAGUUACUAAUUGUCCACUAAACCAGUGAAACAGCGUCGGAAAACAGCCGCUUGUGUGGAACGCUUUGAGAGGGGAAGCGCUGAUCCUGGGGCCGUUGGGAAGAAGACGCUGCAGGAGGUGGCAGCGAGACGGAGGGGAGCAGAGCCUGGGGGGCAGCUUGUUCCCGCAGUUAAAUCGCGGAGCUCCCGGGGCUCCGCGCUGCUGAACCCCGAGGGAGGGUUCCUGAGGGCUGGGGUCGUCGCCUGGGGCUGUAAAAUGACUGGGGGGCCUGGAAGGUGGUUUGCGUUUCGCGUAGCAUUAAAGUUCCGUCGCGCUUCCUCUAAAA